AUGCCUUCACAAUUAGAUGAUGACAAUUCCAUCAUUCAUUGUGAUUUACUCAUCAAGGAAUAUUUAUCAUGGAGAGGUUUUACGAGAACUCUCACCAAUUUUGAAACGGAUCGUAAAUUAGAUAAAAACAAGGCUUUCCAAACGGAUAGGAUUGCAGACCAAUUAUUUACCUUUUUAAAAAGCUAUGAUAUUCAAUCAUUCAUGGAUUAUUGGAAGUAUUUGGAGAAGAAUUUCUUUCCUAAAUUAUAUGAAUCGAGUGGAUUUCAAAAGGCUUCUUCACAAUCAUCUGAUCAAUAUGAACAACAAGGUAGUGGUAAUACUAUUGGUGGAUCCUCCUCUAAUAUUGAUGCUACUUCAUCAUCAUCAUCAUCAACAAUAGGUGGUCUUUCUUCCUCGAGUUCUCAACUUGAUUUGAUGAGUGGAAAUGUUAUAUCAUCUUCAUCACUCAAUGUUUCUUCAUCGGUGAAUGAUUUGAAUAGCAAUACGACAUCAAAUUCAUCAACAGGAGGUGGAAAUUCAACACAAUCCAUGAUGAUGCCUUCCUCUUCUUCCUCUGCAUCAUCUAAUAAUGUGAGCAGUAAUGUGGCUCCGAUUGGUUCACUCCUCGGAAGACAUGCCUCAUCAUCAACAUCAUCCUACUAUGAAACUAUUAGAAAAUUAGAACAAUCAUUGAAAAAGUACUAUGUUGUGAAUUGUGCACAAAAUAGAAGAAUUAAAGAAUGUAGAGAAUUUUUCGAACGAUUCGGUCAUGAAUUAAUACAGGAACAAGAAUGGAGACCAUGGUUUGCCUUGCCGUACUUGCUAGCUCAGACCGUGGCUACUUCUACUCAUUCAGCUUCUAGAUCAUCUGGCAAUUUGGAUGGAAUGGAUAGUUCAACAUCUGGCAGUAUGACCGAAAGAGAAAGAAGAGAAUCUAAUGCACCACUCUUACAAUCACAUUCCAAUGUCUUGACAAUUAUUGAACAAUUUGUACCAGAGCUUGAACCAUUCUUUAAUCACAAAUGGGCAGAAAUGUUAUAUGUUUGUGUACAAAAUUUCAUAGCCACUGCCAUCAUGUCUGUUGAGAAACCAACUCUACUCUUGAUGGAAUCAGAGAAGAGAGAUAGAAUGAAUGUCCUCAAGAAGAAAUUGGAUGUUUUAAUUAGUGAAAAUGAAACUCUGAAAAGCAAAUUGUUAGCUGCAGAGGCGUACAUUUCCAAAUUGGAACAAGAAGUUGGAAUUAAUAGAAGAGAAACAAGUAUCCCUUCAAAUGGUAGUACUUUGGACAUUUCUGAUUUACCACAGGAAAGCGUAAAUACUGAUUCGACAGUUGCAAUGGGCAAUAAGACUCCUAGAAACAAGUCCUUCCAUCAAUCCUUCUCCUCUCUCAAUAUUUCCUCAGUGAGGCAGAGUAAUAAUAGCAGUAAUAGCUCAUUGGUGACUCCACAAAAGCCUACCCUCUCACCAAGCUCACCAAAUACAACCAAUAAUAGUACAACUCCGACUGAACAAAGUACAACCAGUGUAUUUGACAAUAUUCAAUUAUUUAAUUUGAAACCUGUUUAUCCUGUCAAGGUUUUUACAGGUCAUAAGGAUUAUAUCACAUCACUGAAAUUUUCACAAGAUGGAAAAUAUUUAGCAUCCAGUUCAAAGGAUAAUACAGUCAGAAUUUGGUCACUUUCUGGAAAUAAUAAUUCAAAUUCUGUUACUUCAAUUCAAACCUAUGAAUGUGGAACCAAGGCCAUGUGUCUUGAUUGGUGGAGCGCAUCAAAUGGAAAGAAAGGAUCAUCCAAUAAUAUGGUAGUUUGUGGAUUGAACAAUAGAAAGGUUAAAAUUUUGGAUUUGGAUAAGAGAAAAUGUACAGGAGAGUUUUGCACUGAAAUAUUCUUCCCAAAGGUCAAUGCUAUUGCAUGUUGCGGAUCUACAAUCAGAAAUAGUGAUUAUUGUGUUGUCAGUUGCUCAAGCUAUCAAAAGUCAGACUCUGGAAGCAACACACCUGUACCAAUAUUACCAUCAUCAGCUGGGGGAAAUAGCUCACCAAGUUCAUCAGUUUCAGGAAUGCUUUUAGGCUACAAUUUGAACCAAAUGAAGCUGGAAAACAAGUUUGUCAUUCAACCAAAAUCUGUACCAAUACUCGACAUCAAAUUUAAUCAUAACGGAACAAUGAUAGCUACUGCUGGUAGUGAUGGGUUUGUGAGAAUUUUCGACACUGCCUCAAAACAACAGCAACCAUUUUGGACUUGGAAGGCUCACGAUGGUGAAGUUACAAAUGUUCAUUUCAGUGAAAAUGAAACCUCUGUACUAACUUGUGGGUCUGAUGGUAAACUCAUUGAAUGGUCAAUUCACAAUACUGGCAAGGUUUUGAAUCAAAUUCAAUUACAAAAUCCAGUAGCAUUUGGGUCUGAAAAACAGCAUGCCAAUUGGAUUGAUACUAGAAUUGGACUCUGUUCCACGAGUGAAAGAAUGUUCGUUCUCAACUAUCCAGGUGUCAUAUUUUCUCUCCUGCACAAUAGCCCAACACAUUGUCUCAUGACAAAAGAUUUGUACAGCUCAACUCAAAAUAAUAAUGCCACUAUUACUGCUGGAGAUUUUUCACCAAUGACCAAUGUUGAUUGGUUCAAUGCCGCAUUUGGAGGAGCUUCUGGAAAUACUUAUCAAUACCUUAAUUGGAUUGCUGCUUCUCAUGGAUUGAAUAAUAAUAUUUACUUGUACAAUAUGGAUUUGAGUUAA